AGCGCGAAAUCUCGCCAUCAGCGCAGCUCUGCGGCCGCUCCGGCCCGCCUGGAGACGCCAGAUCGCUAUCUUGUGGGGAGGGGGCACCACUGCUCCCGCCGCCACCCUCCGCCCUGCACGCGGGGCGGCUGCGGAGUCCUGGGGCUCGCCGCUGCUCCUAACCCCUUUGCAUUCCUUCCUGGAGCUCUUUCCCGAGGGACCUCUGCUCCCCGCCGAUCCCGGCCGCUAGCGCCCCGCCAGGCUCCCUCUUUCCUCUCGCCAGGCCCCGCUGCCUCCUGAAGGUUACGCGACGCAGCGGCGGGGCGCAGGGGGGCGCCCGCCCUCGCCGCUCACCCCCGCGCCAGCCGCGGCGCGGCGCGCGGGGCCAGCAACGCUGCUGGCUGCUGCCACCGCAAUCCCGACUCCUAAAUCAGCGCGGGGAGGCGCCCCUUCCCCCAUCCGGCUCUCCGGGCUCCCCGGGCCGCGAUUGGCCACGCGGGCGCCCCCCAACCCUGGGCCCCCAGCUCCAGCUGCCACGCCAUUGGCUGCGGGCCUCCGCCAGCCUUUACAUAAGCCCGGGCGCGCUCAAGUGGAGUUGUAUAAAGCCAGCGCGCGGCGUCGGGGCGGGAGGCUCGAGGCCAGCCCGGGACCCGGACCGGGAGCUGCAGGCGGCGGCGGCGGUAGAGGCGGCAGUGAGCGCCCGCGCUCCGACGCCCCCAGGCGGCGGGGCUGAGAGAGCACGAGGAUGGCUCCCAGCGCUGACCCGGGCAUGUUCAAGAUGUUACUGUUUCUGCUGCUGCUGUGGUUUCUGCCUCCCACUGAGGGGUCCCAGCGGGCUGAACCCAUGUUUAUUGCAGUCACCAACUCGGUUCUGCCCCCUGACUAUGACAGCAACCCCACUCAGCUCAACUAUGGUGUGGCAGUUACUGAUGUGGACCACGAUGGGGACUUCGAGAUCGUUGUGGCAGGGUACAAUGGUCCUAACCUGGUUCUGAAGUAUGACCAGGCCAAGAAGCGGCUGGUGAACAUUGCUGUAGAUGAGCGCAGCUCACCCUACUAUGCGCUACGGGACCGGCAGGGCAAUGCCAUCGGGGUCACAGCCUGCGACAUUGACGGGGAUGGCCGAGAGGAGAUCUACUUCCUCAACACAAACAACGCCUUCUCAGGGGUGGCCACAUAUACGGACAAGUUGUUCAAGUUCCGCAAUAACCGGUGGGAAGACAUCCUGAGUGACGAGGUCAACGUGGCCCGCGGUGUAGCCAGCCUUUUUGCAGGACGCUCCGUGGCAUGUGUGGACAGAACGGGCUCUGGACGCUACUCGAUCUACAUUGCCAAUUAUGCCUACGGUAAUGUGGGGCCAGAUGCCCUCAUUGAAAUGGACCCUGAGGCCAGUGACCCCUCUCGGGGAAUCCUGGCACUCAGAGAUGUGGCUGCUGAGGCUGGGGUCAGCAAAUACACAGGGGGACGAGGUGUCAGCGUGGGCCCUAUCCUCAGCAGUAGUGCCUCAGACAUCUUCUGUGACAAUGAGAAUGGGCCCAACUUCCUCUUCCACAACCAGGGCAAUGGUACCUUUGUGGAUGCUGCAGCCAGUGCUGGUGUAGAUGACCCCCACCAGCAUGGGCGAGGCGUCGCCCUAGCUGACUUCAACCGAGAUGGAAAAGUGGACAUCGUCUAUGGCAACUGGAACGGCCCCCAUCGCCUCUACCUGCAGAUGAGCGCCCAGGGGAAAGUCCGCUUCCGGGACAUUGCCUCACCCAAGUUCGCCAUGCCCUCCCCUGUUCGCACUGUCAUUGCUGCUGACUUUGACAAUGACCAGGAGCUGGAGAUCUUCUUCAACAACAUUGCCUACCGCAGCUCCUCUGCCAACCGCCUUUUCCGCGUCAUCCGCAGGGAGCAUGGAGACCCCCUCAUCGAGGAGCUCAAUCCCGGUGAUGCACUGGAGCCUGAAGGCCGGGGCACAGGGGGCGUGGUGACUGACUUCGAUGGAGACGGGAUGCUGGACCUCAUCUUAUCUCAUGGAGAGUCCAUGGCUCAGCCGCUGUCUGUCUUCCGAGGGAAUCAGGGCUUCAGCAACAACUGGUUGCGAGUGGUGCCACGCACCCAGUUUGGAGCUUUUGCCAGGGGGGCCAAGGUCGUGCUGUACACCAAAAAGAGCGGGGCUCACCUAAGAAUCAUCGACGGGGGCUCGGGGUACCUUUGUGAGAUGGAGCCCGUGGCACACUUUGGCCUGGGAAGAGACGAAGCCAGCAGUGUGGAGGUGACAUGGCCAGAUGGCAAGAUGGUGAGCCGGAGCGUGGCCAACAGGGAGAUGAAUUCGGUGCUGGAGAUCCCUUACCCCCGGGAUGAGGACAAACUGCAAGACCCAGCCCCACUGGAGUGCGGCCAAGGAUUCUCACAGCAGGAAAGUGGCCACUGCGUGGACACCAAUGAGUGCAUCCAGUUCCCAUUCGUGUGUCCUCGAGACAAGCCCGUGUGUGUCAACACCUAUGGAAGCUACAGGUGCAGAACCAACAAGAGGUGCAGUCGGGGCUACGAGCCCAAUGAGGAUGGCACAGCCUGUGUGGCUCAAGUGGCCUUUUUAGUGCAGCUCCAGGAUGCUGCAUAUGAAGUCCUGCACCCGGCAGAUGCUGAAGUGACAGACCCCGAGAACAGCCUCUUGGAAGAAGAGGCACGGGCGUGAACCAGUCUUCCGCUGGUGCUGCCAGGAGAGUAAAUGCUCCUAGAAGUCACCUGAGAAGAUCAUGUGGAAACUCCUGAAGGCUGGACCCGGAAAGCAGAGGAAAACUGACAUUGCCACCCACCUGUUUCAUGCCAGGCAUGUUCACAACUGGUUUCUCACUGAAUCGUCCAAACCAGUUGUUCCUAACCCCUUAUGGGGAAGGGUCACACACCCCUUUGACAAUCUGCUCACAGCUGUGGAGUCUCUCCCCCAGAUAUGGGCACCGAUCAUGCACACAAGUGCAGGGGAUCCAGGUUAAGACCUCCUGGUGUGAACUUGGACUGUUUUAAGAUUUUCUUAGGCACCAGGGACCUUUGUUUCUGGAGACCCGCCUUGAUCAUAUUGAACACUUUCUAUCCAUAUCCAUAGUGAAAAAUAUAUAUAUAUGUAUGCACAUAUAUACGCACAUUAAAUUGAAUUCAGUUGACUGAUAUAAUGUGUUACA